AUGUUGAAGCAGGAAGGCUGUGUUACAAAGAAGAACAUGGCAAAAGAUGAGAACUUGAAGUUCGAUAAUUCCACAUUGCAAAAUAUAGAUUCCCAAGCUCCUGGACUAGGUUUGAAAAGGGUAGGUUUAGUUGGGCUUGGAUCGAAAACUAACCCAAAGACCUCUUAUCGUAAUCUUGGUGAAAUAGUCGCAGCAGCAGCUAAGUUUUCUUUGGAAAGUAAUAUUGACAUCAUACUUGCUUCUCCCGAGGAGCUCUCUGCUGAAGCAAAGCUACGCACGCUUACAAAUUUUACCCAAUUUCUCAACUUGUAA